AUGCCUAAGAAUAAACCAUUCCUGAUCUAUAUUGAAUCAGUUCUGUCUCUUCCAUUUGAUGUGUUGAAAAGAGUGAUAUGCGGUUUCCGUGCAUCUGUGCCACAGGGCUUAGUCCUGGAACUAGGAGAAACUGUCCAGAUCCUGGAAAAAUGUGAAGGCUGGUACAGAGGUGUUUCUAUUAAGAAGCCCAAUGUAAAGGGGAUCUUUCCUGCCAAUUAUAUUCACCUGAAAAAAGCAAUAGUCAGCAACAGAGGACAGUAUGAAACUGUAGUUCCUCUUGAAGACUCUGUUGUGACUGAAGUCACAGCAACACUCCAAGAAUGGGCUGUCCUCUGGAAACAGCUUUAUGUAAAGCAUAAAGUAGAUCUUUUCUACAAACUGCGCCAUGUGAUGAAUGAGCUCAUUGACCUGCGUAGACAGUUACUGUCAGGUCACUUGACACAGGAUCAGGUGCGAGAGGUCAAGAGACAUCUCACAGUGCGGCUGGAUUGGGGGAAUGAGCAUUUGGGCCUGGAUCUAGUUCCUCGGAAGGACUUUGAGGUGGUGGAUUCAGAUCAGAUCAGUGUUUCAGACCUUUAUAAAAUGCAUUUAUCGAGCAGGCACAGUGUCCAGCAGAGCACAUCACAGGUGGAUACAAUUCGCCAGCGUCAUGGGGAAGCUUGCCGUAUGCCAAUACCUCAUCAUUUCUUCCUUAGUCUAAAGAGCUUCACCUAUAAUACAAUUGGAGAGGACACAGAUGUCUUCUUUUCUUUGUAUGAUGUUCGAGAGGGGAAGCAAAUCAGUGAAAGGUUUAUGGUGAGAUUAAACAAGAAUGGAGGCCCCAGGAAUCCAGAGAAGAUAGAUCGGAUGUGUUCCCUUUUCACAGAUCUCAGCAGCAAGGACAUGAAGAGAGACUUGUACAUAGUUGCCCAUGUAAUUCGAAUAGGUCGCAUGCUGCUAAAUGAUUCGAAAAAGGGUCCCCCACAUCUCCAUUACCGUCGCCCCUAUGGCUGUGCAGUAUUGAGCAUCAUGGAUGUACUUCAGUCCAUCUCUGAACUGAAAGAAGAAAAGGAUUUUGUUUUGAAAGUUUACACGUGCAACAAUGAAAAUGAAUGGUACCAGAUCCAUGAAAACAUUAUCCGCAAGUCCAGCACCAAAUACACAGCACCUAGCUCAAACUAUGGGCUUAUCAUUUCUCUACAGCUCCUUCGUGGGGACAUGGAGCAGAUUCAAAGGGAAAACCCCAUGAUCUUUAACAGAGGCAUAGCUAUUACCAGAAAACUGGGUUUUCCUGAUGUCAUAAUGCCAGGUGAUAUACGCAAUGACUUGUACCUGACACUAGAGAGGGGGGAUUUUGAGAGAGGUGGGAAGAGUGUGCAGAAGAACAUUGAAGUGACCAUGUAUGUUCUUUAUGCAGAUGGAGAGAUCCUGAAGGAAUGUAUCAGCCUGGGUUCAGGAGAGCCAAGCAGGAGUGCAUACCAUUCUUUUGUCCUGUACCAUAAUAACAGCCCUCGGUGGGGAGAGAUCAUCAAAUUGCCCAUCCCCAUUGACAGGUUUCGUGGGUCUCACCUCCGCUUUGAGUUCAGGCAUUGCUCCACAAAAGAUAAAGGGGAAAAGAAGCUCUUUGGCUUUGCAUUCACUCCACUGAUGAGAGAUGAUGGCACCACCUUGUCAGAUGAUAUCCAUGAGCUUUAUGUUUAUAAGUGUGAUGAGAACAGUACAUUUAACAACCAUGCACUAUAUCUGGGAUUGCCCUGCUGCAAAGAGGACUACAAUGGUUGCCCUAACAUCCCUUCCAGCCUCAUUUUCCAACGCAGCACCAAAGAGACUUUUUCAAUCUCUACCCAGCUCUCCUCCACCAAACUUACCCAGAAUGUGGACUUGCUUGCUCUUCUGAAAUGGAAAGCUUACCCAGACCGUGUAAUGGAUAUCCUAGGAAGGCUGAGGCAUGUCAGUGGUGAGGAAAUUGUUAAGUUCCUGCAAGACAUUCUAGACACACUUUUCGUGGUUUUGGAUGACAAUACAGAAAAGUAUGGACUAUUGGUCUUCCAAUCUUUGGUGUUCAUCAUAAAUCUGUUGCGUGACAGCAAAUAUUUCCAUUUCCGACCUGUGAUGGACACUUACAUUCAGAAGCACUUUGCAGGUGCACUGGCUUACAAAGAAUUGAUCCGUUGUUUAAAGUGGUACAUGGACCGGUCGGCUGAACUUGUGAGACAAGACCAUAUCCAGGAAGCAAUGAGAGCCUUGGAAUAUCUUUUCAAGUUCAUUGUCCAAUCUCGGAUCCUUUACUCCAGAGCUACUUGUGGAAUGGAAGAGGAGCAGUUCCGCUCCAGCAUUCAGGAGCUUUUCCAGUCCAUCAGAUUUGUCCUCAGCUUGGACAGUAGGAGCUCCGAGACACUAAUCUUCACACAGGCUGCUUUGUUGAAUUCAUUCCCUGCGAUCUUUGAUGAGCUACUGCAGAUGUUCACAGUGCAGGAAGUAGCAGAGUUUGUGAGAGGAACUCUAGGCAGCAUGCCCAGUACAGUGCACAUUGGGCAAUCAAUGGAUGUUGUUAAGCUGCAAUCUAUAGCACGCACUGUGGACAGCCGCCUGUUUUCUUUCUCAGAGUCCCGGCGCAUCCUACUGCCUGUGGUUCUUCAUCACAUUCACCUUCACUUGAGACAGCAGAAGGAACUACUCAUCUGCUCUGGGAUCCUUAGUAGUAUCUUCUCCAUUAUCAAGACCAGUUCCUUGGAGGGAGAUGUCGUAGAGGAGGUUGAGAUGAUGGUGGAGAGCCUCCUGGAUGUACUUUUACAGACUCUGCUUACUAUCAUGAGUAAAUCGCAGUCUCAGGAGGCGGUAAGAGGGCAACGCUGCCCGCAGUGCACAGCAGAAAUCACUGGGGAGUAUGUGUCCUGUCUCUUGUCUUUGCUUCGUCAAAUGUCAGACACUCAUUUCCAGCAUUUACUGGACAACUUCCAAAGCAAGGAUGAGUUAAAGGAGUUUCUUCUGAAGAUUUUUUGUGUGUUUCGGAACCUGAUGAAAAUGAGCGUUUUUCCUCGAGACUGGAUGGUGAUGAGGCUACUCACCAGCAAUAUCAUAGUUACAACAGUUCAGUACCUGUCUGCUGCACUGCACAAGAACUUCACAGAAACAGACUUUGAUUUUAAGGUGUGGAACUCCUAUUUUAGCCUGGCAGUUUUGUUCAUAAAUCAGCCAAGCCUCCAGCUAGAAACUGCCACUCCAGCCAAGAGAAAGAAGAUUCUGGACAAAUAUGGUGAUAUGCGAGUGAUGAUGGCAUAUGAGCUUUUCAGCAUGUGGCAGAACUUGGGGGAACAUAAAAUUCAUUUUAUUCCUGGAAUGAUUGGACCCUUUCUUGGUGUCACGCUGGUCCCACAGCCAGAAGUCCGUAACAUCAUGAUCCCCAUCUUUCAUGACAUGAUGGACUGGGAGCAAAGGAAAAAUGGAAACUUCAAACAGGUGGAAGCUGAGUUGAUUGAUAAGUUGGACAGCUUGGUAUCAGAAGGAAAAGGAGAUGAGAACUACAGGGAGCUGUUCAGCCUGCUAACACAGCUUUUUGGGCCCUAUCCCAGCCUGCUGGAGAAGAUUGAACAAGAAACAUGGCGGGAGACUGGCAUUUCUUUUGUUACAUCAGUCACGCGCCUCAUGGAGCGUCUUCUUGACUAUAGGGACUGCAUGAAAGGAGAUGAAACAGAGAACAAGAAGAUUGGCUGCACCGUUAACCUGAUGAACUUUUACAAAUCUGAAAUUAACAAGGAAGAGAUGUAUAUCCGCUACAUUCACAAGCUGUGUGACAUGCACCUACAAGCUGAGAACUACACAGAAGCUGCAUUUACAUUGCUUCUGUACUGUGAGCUGCUUCAGUGGGAAGACAGACCUCUGCGAGAAUUCCUGCACUACCCAUCUCAAUCAGAGUGGCAGCGUAAGGAAGGACUGUGCCGGAAGAUUAUCCAUUACUUCAACAAAGGGAAGAGCUGGGAGUUUGGAAUCCCCUUGUGCAGAGAGCUAGCCAUUCAGUAUGAAAAUCUUUAUGAUUAUCAGAGCCUCAGCUGGAUUCGGAAAAUGGAAGCUACGUAUUUUGAUAACAUCAUGGAACAGCAGCGCUUGGAACCUGAAUUUUUCAGAGUUGGUUUUUAUGGUCGGAAAUUCCCCUUCUUCCUGCGGAAUAAAGAGUAUGUAUGUCGAGGCCACGACUACGAAAGGCUGGAGGCCUUCCAGCAGAGGAUGCUGAGUGAAUUCCCACAAGCUAUUGCGAUGCAGCACCCAAACCAUCCAGAUGACUCCAUCUUGCAGUGUGAUGCUCAGUAUUUGCAGAUUUAUGCAGUGACUCCCAUCCCAGAAAGUAUAGACGUGCUGCAAAUGGACCGAGUCCCUGAUCGCAUAAAGAGCUUUUAUCGUGUUAAUAAUAUCAGGAAAUUCCGCUAUGAUAGGCCUUUUCACAAAGGCCCAAAGGACAAGGAGAAUGAAUUUAAGAGCUUGUGGAUUGAACGUACCACUCUGACCCUGACUCACAGUUUACCUGGGAUCUCUCGGUGGUUUGAAGUGGAGAGGAGAGAGCUGGUUGAAGUAAGCCCUUUGGAAAAUGCCAUUCAAGUUGUUGAGAACAAAAAUCAGGAGUUGAGGACAUUGAUCAGCCAGUAUCAGCACAAACAAAUGCAUGGGAACAUUAACCUGCUCAGCAUGUGCCUGAAUGGAGUGAUUGAUGCUGCUGUGAAUGGUGGCAUAGCACGGUACCAGGAGGCCUUUUUCGAUAAAGAUUAUAUCACCAAGCACCCUGGAGAUGCAGAGAAAAUCACACAGCUCAAGGAGCUCAUGCAGGAACAGGUUCAUGUCCUAGGAGUGGGUCUGGCAGUACAUGAGAAGUUUGUACACCCAGAGAUGCGUCCCCUGCAUAAAAAAUUAAUUGACCAGUUCCAGAUGAUGCGAUCUAGUCUGUAUCAUGAGUUGCCUGGUUUGGAUAAACUGAGUCCAGCCUGUUCUGGUACCAGUACCCCACGCAGCAAUGUUCUGGUGUCACAUGGCCCUAUGAGCCCAGAGAGCAUGAAGCUGGUACAUCGACACAGUCCAUUGAAUUUGCUGGGUUCAGUCCGACACUCGUCAUCCUCUCUUUCUUCCCAUACAUCCAGUGAAACAGGAAACCUGGUUAUUCUCACAGACAGUUCUGUGGGGGAGGCUGCUGAAGAUAUGUAUCACAUGCAGCUUGUUUACCCUAACUCCAGGUACCAAGGCUCAGUCACCAACGUCUCUGUUUUAUCCUCGUCCCAGGCCAGCCCUUCCACCUCAAGCCUGAGCUCUACUCACUCUGCACCAUCCCAGAUGAUUAACUCUGCUCCUCCCAGUGCACGAGUGCUGGUGAAAGGUGCUGGAUUGACACCACUGGAGGCUGAAGCCCUCUAUUUAUCCACAGAACAGAUACAGCAUGGGCGGCAGCAGUACAAGCUUCCCCACACUGCCCCCACCAAUGUGCCUCAUCUCUGUCCUGGAGGGACCACCUCUAGAGGCUCUCCCUCUCUACCAGAUAAGUACCGCCACACUCGGGAGCUGAUGAUGCUGCUGCCAACUCACCGGGACCGACCAAGCAGUGCCAUGUAUCCUGCAGCAAUCAUGGAAAAUGGACAGCCUCCAAAUUUCCAGCGCGCCUUGAUCCAGCAAGUGAUCGGACCAUGCAAACCAUGCAGUGAUCCCAAUCUAUCUGUGGCUGAGAAAGCUGUGCCAGCAGCGCCCAGUAGCUGGAGCCUAGACAGCGGAACCAGAGAGGCCCUGCCAUUCCUGUCUGCCCACGUUGGGAGCAUCUUGGCCCCACCAGUACCUCCCCGAAGCCUACCCCAUGGACACUACUCACUGCACUUUGAUGCCUUCCAUCAUCAGCUCAGUGACGCCCCCCCAGCAUUGCCAGCAAGAACACUGCGCAAGUCUCCUCUUCAUCCAAUCCCUGCAUCACCCACAAGUCCCCAGUCUGGCCUGGAUGGGAGUAACUCCACUCUGUCAGGCAGUGCCAGCAGUGGUGUCUCCUCCUUAAGUGAGAGUAACUUUGGACAUUCAUCUGAGCCCCCUCCUCGUACAGACACCAUGGAUUCUGUCCCUAGCCAGGCCUGGAAUACUGAUGAAGACUUGGAGACACCCUACCUCCCUGUCAGGUACAGUCUCUCUGAGCCUGAUGUCCUGGAGUCUCUCAAAUCUCAGCCAUGUCGAAGCCACUCUGCUCCAUCUGGAGUCAUUCCUCAGGACACCCUGGACCCUCCAGCUCUACCCCCUAAACCAUAUCACUCCCGGCUCCCAAAUUUGGAAAAUGAGGGGGGAAUGAUAAUGGAAGAAGAAGAUAAACAUCGGCCACUGCAUCGCAAGGUGUCCCAACCAGUCGGUGGUGGAAAGGAGGAGCAGGCCAGAGUAGCAUGGGAGCACGGCAUCAGUGAGCAGUAGGCAGGACUCCCAAGAAGAAGCUUAUGUGGUCAUUCCAGGUCUGACAAGCAAGAAAUCAGAUAUAAAGCAUCAGAACUCAGAGGAGAGAACAGCAAACCAGUUCUUUAUUUUCUACUGCUAUGAGUUAAUGUCUGGAGCCCAUACAGAGGUUGGGCCAGCAUGUGAGGUUGCUGCUUUCCUUUUUAUUGCUUUUUUAUACUUUUCAGUUUUGUUAUUUUUUUAUUUAAUUUUUGUGCAGUGGGCGCUUUAUUCCUCCUGCAGUUUAUCAGACCACAUAAAGUGGCACAUAAGCUGUUAGCCAUAGAGACUUGCAGAAGCCGAAAAGAAAUAGAAUAUUGGAUGGGGGAUGUGGCAAGUUGUUUUUUUAAAAAUGCUUUCCUCCCAGUUUUGAGACGCACACAAGUAGAAGCAGUUGCACUAGGGACAUGUUUCUUUGCUGUAUAGAAGUGAAAGCUCAUUGCUGAAUUCAGGGAUUCCAUGAACUGUCAGGCUGGAAGGUGCAUGGUCUGCCGGCAGGAGAAACGUGGCUGUGCUAAGAAGAAACUGGCUCAUCGAGGUGUUUUGAGCAUACACAACUGUGCAGUGGUCUCCCUGCAUUGGCUAACAUGUGCUGAAGUAAUUUAACCACUGCUGACAGACUUCCAUACUGACCUGUGAGGGAUCAUUUCAAACAAACUCUGCCUCUCUUGGUUUUUCAUGUAUUAUUAAUAUUAUUAUUAUUUCCUUAAUUUCAUUUUUACCAGUUAAACCAACCUGCUUUUCCAUUGGAAUCUGUAUCCACUUGAUGCUGUAGGUUCAGAGAGGGUUAUGUAGCCCUGGGGGCUGCAACCCAAUUCUAGGUCUUUCUCAUGCCUAGCUCUGGGCAGGUUGUUGUCACCAGCACUUUUAUUCCAGUUAAGUAACCAGCUGAGUGGCUUAUGCCACAACUGGUUGAUGACUCAGCCAGUAAGAAGAGAAGGCUUAAAUACAUCAUACCAGUCUUUGCCUCAGGGCUGAACAUCUGCACAGUUCAUACCAACAUCCUCAUCCAGGAGCUGAGGUUCAUUAACUGUGUUUGUUAUUGUAAUAUCUAUGCCCCUCUGAUACAGCUCUAUGCUGCUAGUGCACAAGGCCUCCAUCUCUCUCUUUGCAGAUAGGACAUCCAGUGUGAUGCUAGAAAUAUCCAAUGUUUAGUGAGUACUCCAGAGUCAGGGAUUUUAAAGGUGACCUGUAAAAAGAGGAAAAAUGUAUGUUCCUUUUUUGGCUUCUUUAUGACAUAUAUAAAAGACGUGACAAGGUUUUCUUUCUUUUUUAAAUUAUACAAGGGUUUCUCCCACUAGUUUGUUUUUAUAUUACACUAUAAAGUCUUGACUUCCCUUUUAUGCUGGCAGACUACCUGAAGGAUUGGAGAAUUAUGACUACACACAAUCUUGCCCUUUUAUGCAUGAACUGAGAAUCCUCUCACUUUUCCUUGCAAGUCCUUCAAGGAAUAUUCUUCAAAAAGGAAAUACAAUUCCAAGUAUCUGAUAUUCCUAAAAUAAACAAGGCAAAAGCCCCCACAUCCCAGGCUUGUUUGUAAUCUUCUAGUAAUUCCUUGUAUUUAACUAUUGCUUUCCAUCUCCAGAUCUCAAUGCACAUUCCAGAGGAGGGUAAGUAUCAGUACCCCUCUUUUUUAUAGUUGGAGAAACAGAAACACAGAGAAACUUAGGAACUUGCCCAAUAUUGCAUCAGUUAGUGUCUCCCAUUUCUGUGCCCUAUCUCCAUGGCCUCCCAUACAUCAUAAAUAUUAGACAGGAACAAAA